AUGUCCUGGUACUUAUCAAGGCCACUCAAUAGCACCCGUUCUCGUCCAAGUAUUCCGUCUGAACUAUCAACAUCAGGUACAACAGAAUUAGGACAGUUGGUGGAAACAAUAAGAAAAACGUUACCCGUGGAGUUACAAGGGCUCGUUUACAGAAACGUCUCGGGCCUUUUUCAUUUUCUUGCCGGGGCCUCUCUUACAUUGAAUGAGCUGGAAGGAGAGGCUGGGCCGGAUAGAGGAGUCGUUAUCCACCCAAUCCCUUUUCAUUUCGUGAAAUCUCUUCGUGCUAACUCUACAAUUAUCCUUGGUGAAGAAUGCUUGACGAAUAUUGGGUCGGAUAACGCCUCGAAUUUCGAACAAGAGAUUGUUCUGCAGGAUAAAGCUGUAUAUGGGAUACAAGUCUCCCUCGGAACUUAUGGAGUCGUUGCUCUUCGAGUCCUCUAUCAGGAUAAUUCCACGUCAGCUUGGCUGGGCUUUGGACUCAGGAGAUGGACCGCGACGUAUAAGGGUGAUGAUCUCACUAAACUUCACACCGUAUCUGAUGGAUUCAAACUGAUAAGCGUUGGGUUUACCGAUGGGGAACCUUCGAAACCACCCACUAACUUGGCUCACUUGUUUUUCGACCACGAAAUGGUCUUGCCUCCUGGAGCCAAGUAUUUUCUUGCAGAUAUGAAGAUUCCAGGUGCUGAGAUCCUCGGCAACCCCAACGGACGCCUGGCACAAUACCUUGAUUUAUCCCUCAUCGAGAUCCAAAGCCUAACUGUGGUUUGCAACAUCGAAGCCAUUUACAAAAUCCAAAUAAACGGGGGUGGUCCCAAAUUGGAGCUGGGCGAUCGUGUAGCAAUUAAACCAUCGGCUAGGGACGAAGAGAACUUCUCAAUUACCCGGUUCUUUCAGCCGGGUGAACGAAUGACGUCGAUUCAGUUGAUAACCAGGGGGCCUGAGCGACCAAUGGUCUGGAAAGGCCCUUUCCUUCUUGUUCGGACUUCGAAAUCACGGACUUGGUAUUUCGGCACAUUUAUGCUGCCCUUUUUACAGCCUCUCCAUAUCUCAUCAUUCGAAUCCGAGGGGACUCGAGAAAUCAUGGGGCUCUUCAUCGAUCCAACCAACGUCAACCCGGGGAAAAUCAACACCCUUGGCGUCUGUUUAGGGAGUCCACUCCUCGGUUUAGAACAGGCUGGGCUCCGUGUUCCAAGGUCUCGUAGCGAUUCUGAGCCUUUAAUGUUUCCCAGUGUAUAUCCUUUUGCUGCAUUUCUCAGUAGAGCCACGCUGCUAAAUGUCAUCGCGCUCAAGGUUCAGAAGUUUGGAGACCGCUGCGUAGGGAUGUGCGUGGAGCGAGAGGGCGGAAUCAUUGAGACUCUUGGAAUGUGGGAUCCUGUCCGUCUGGAUACCAUUUCUACCAUCUACAGCUACCGCCAAGGUCCCCUCCAACCUCUAACUUUUAUUUUCUCAGCAGCGCCUGAACUUUUGAAACGAUACGUUGAGGACAUUGUCGUUUCCGCACCACCAGAUCUUGAGCCCGGCAGACCAAGAUUCACUUGGAGCAGCUUCGGCUCGCAACUGGCGUGGUGGUUUACGCCCAGAUACACUUUCCUUGAGGAUUGGCAGGGAGAGGAGAGCGACAUUCUGGAGACGGUCGCACCGAAUAUCCCGUGUGUCUAUGGCCGGUAA